AGCCUUUAUCGUCCCCUCUCAUGCCGUCUUCCCUCCGCAAUGAUGCAUCAGCCCUCCCCCUAUUCGCUGUGGUGCCGUUCUUACAAUCAUCAGAAGCAGUAUCGUUAUAUGCAGCAUUCAAGGAACCGGUAGAAUUUAUGCCUCUGGUUCACGUCGUGGACACCACCAUUGGCCCUUCCUCGAUCGCUUGGCAAAGCCUCCAACUUUUGCAGACUCUUUCGAUCGAGGAGUCCCAUCUUGCCAUCUUCAAUUACUCUACUCUACCAUCCUUAACGACCAUCACGAUCCGUCCAUCGGAGGGCUGUGGACCCGAGCUCGACCUCUGUCCUGUACUCGGUCGUUUCUUGACGCCCAAGUUGAGGAUUAUGAAUCUCAAAGGCUUUUGCUGUGACACCAUUGCGAGAGCGAUAGGAAGUGUUGAGGAGUGGCCGAUCGUCGAGAAGGUGUUCAUCUCCCACAAUGGGGCUUCUUGUUGCGGCUCGGUCUUGGAUAUUUGGGAGGCGAUCUCAUUGGCCUUCCCAGCUUUGAGGGGGAUCAGCGCAGUCCCCUGGGGGCACCCAGUGAAUGGUCAAUGCCAGCUAACGAUCGCCAAACGGCAGGUAGAGUUUAUGCCAUUUGUAACAGAAGUUGAACUGAAAGGACUCCCCCCUGUGCUUCUCACCGGCCCUUCACACUUCUCUCGAUGCCUAACAAGUCUCAGCCUCACUGGUUGCUUGGUAUCCGCCACCUUGUUGGGCUGUCUCUCUACAGCUGGUCCCCUGUCUUCUCUGAAACGGCUGUCCUUAAUCGGCCCGUUUUUCGGUGCUGUUGGUUCGCUUCUGGCGUUGAGACUUACAGAGGAGGGGGUCUUCCCGGCUCUUGAGCGCCUAUCUCUCAAUCUGACCAAAUUCCAAGGCGGGUGGAUGGGGGACUAUACUGACCUCGGAGUAUCAUUUCUGAGGAUCCUCAUCAAACUCUAUCAAUCUCAUCGGAUAUCCCCGCAUAGGCGGCUCCAGGUCAUCACGACUACUACUAUAGGCAUUCCUGAAGACACUUCUCUCAUUUAUCAACAGCUCAUACAAGGACCUUUACCGGCGAUGAAAGUUUUGAAGUUGAAAUCGGAUGAUGGUCGGUAUCGCAUUAUCGACUUUCUACAUGCUACCACUACCAAGGCCUUUUAAGUUGACGAAGUAUAACCAGCAUUGUUGCAAAUAAGUCUGGACUGUAGAAUCUGAUUGCGAUAAGCGCUCGCCCGAUUGAUCGAUUUAGUUUGAUGUGAUUGAGUAGAAAGGUAACUGAUUGUGACGAUUGAUUGUUGUAUCACUGUCGGUAGCAGUCGCCAUGCGAUAUUGAUAGCUUUUG